ACGGCAAUGAAUAGUAAUAUUAAAAUUGUCCGUUCUCUCGUGCAAGAGCUGCGUCGAGUUUCACAGACUAAAAAUACGAAAGAGAACGCAAUGUUACAUUAUGUCAUGGAACAAGCACAUGCCCAUAAAGAAACCUCUGAAGUUUUAUGUAAAGCGCGAGAAGAAUUAAAGAAUUUAGCAGAGAUGUAUCUUUGCUACUUGAAGUCUCAGCAAGCAUGUAAGGAUAUUCAUAAACAAUACGGUGGUAAAGGUGAACGUAGCAUAAAGGAAACUGCGGAUCUCGUAGGUUUUAAAUUACCUCAUGAUCCAAAAUAAAAUUUAUGGAUCAAAAUAGAAAUUUUUUAACUAUUGUUAGUGAUACGAGUAUUUGUACUUUGUACUAUACCUAUCUGUAUUUAUUGUACUUCCAUAAAGAUAAUUUAAAUAGUAAAUUUUAUUAAAGA